UUUCCCAAUGGCAAAAUGGUGAAAAGAGAGUUUGGUGAGGGCAGUAUUCGUAAUUUCGACCGACUCUUCUCCCAUUUCCCUACUGUCGUAUAUAAGCAGAUACAGCGCAAUAAAAAUAAAAUUAUAGUAAUUCAAUAUCAAGGCCCCCUCUCUCUCUCUCCCCCCUCCGUUUCUCUCUUCACCUCUCAAAUUGAUCCAAUUAUCUGUUGGAUUAAGGAAGUUGCAUCUAUGGAAUCCUCCAAGGAAACCGGCUGCCAAGCUCGAGAAGGCCCAAUUCUUUGCAUCAACAACUGUGGCUUUUUCGGCAGUGCUGCUACGAUGAAUAUGUGCUCCAAGUGCCAUAAAGACAUGGUAUUGAAACAGCAGCAGGCCCAGUUUGCUGCCGCGUCCAUUGAGAACAUGGUGAAUGGCAGCAGCUCAAGCAGCAUAGAGCCUCUCCCUGCUGAUGCGGUGAACGCGAAAGCUGAGCCGGUCGAAUUAAAAACCGAUGCUCCUCGACUGACCCCUGAUCUGGUGUCAAGCGAGAGCUCAGAGCCAAAGCCGAAGGAGGGACCAAACAGGUGCACUACUUGCCGCAAGCGGGUGGGACUGACUGGAUUCAGUUGUCGGUGUGGGAACAUGUUCUGCUCGGUCCAUCGCUACUCGGACAAACACGAGUGCCCGUUUGACUACCGGUCGGCCGCUCAGGACGCCAUAGCGAAGGCGAACCCGCUGGUUAAAGCUGAUAAGCUGGAGAAGAUCUGAAAGGUUGUUGGGCGAAAGUAUGAUAGUUUGUGUCUUUAAAAUGUCGAUGGUUGGUCGGUGUAAGUCGGCGGAUUGUCGUUGUGUCUCUAGACUUGUGUUGGGUGGUGUAGGGCGGAAGAAGGGGAAAGGGGAGGGUGAUUGUGGUUUGUUGCAUUAUGUGGAACUCUAGAGUCCUGCGUCAAUUGGCUAGGGUUACUUUGGUUUGGUCGCAGUGUGCAAGUUGUUAUUUGCUGGCUUUGUUGAAUAACAUUGUUGUGGAAUUUGUAAGUUGCCCCUCCUUUUUACAUCAUUUCUCAUGUUUUUUGCAUUUACUCUCCAA